CCCUACCACUGAAGAUUAGUUGCUCGCUCUUUUGAAUGCGCGUGUGGUGGUGGGUUGCAGGGAACUGGAAGAUAGGUCCAGCUUCAGACACGUUGCUCAGCACUGAACCGUUUCCCCUUCUCGAUUGGCCCUUCAAUAGCCACUGCGCCCUGCGCUACGGAUUCUGCGCUUUUUCACUCGCUGCUUUUCCCGGCCUUUUAGCUGUGCUGCUCUCCUUCCUUCAUAUUAGUGAAUAACUCUGGCUAUUUGAUCCAGUUUCAUCAACACUGCCCCAUGGCGUAUAUCACAGUCAUCUAGACCGUCGGUUCCCUCUCUUUCUCAAAACAGGUGGAAUUGCCCCCGCGACAUAAUGUCGGAGACCAAUGAGCAAACCCGACAAUACCGCUCUUUGCGGGACCAGAUCAUGGGUCUUUUCCAAGGGCUCUCACAAGGCAGCGCCGAUGCAUCUCACAUAGAACGGAUCUCUAUACCUCGCGAACCAAGCGAUAGAACGCGCCUUCUGAAAUCCUACGAUGGUGAUGACCCAGCAUGUGGCUUGAGAGAUGCUUGCAACCACGGUACCUUCUCACCAAGACCGGGAAGUGAGGAAUAUCACGAUGGCACUCCUGGAUCGACCUAUGUCGAGGGCCCCGAGAAUAUGCCUAGAGUAGGGGCAGCAGCAACAUUCCCGGCCAAGAGCCCCAGAUCUCUGUAUAUAUCGUACUACAUCCCUUUCUUUAAUUGGAUACCCCAAUAUCGGUGGUCUUAUUUGCGCGGCGACCUCAUCUCAUCGCUGACCAUUGCGUCGAUCUAUAUCCCCAUGGCUCUCUCUCUGGCUUCAAAUCUUGCUCAUGCGCCUGCGAUCAAUGGGCUCUAUUCUUUUGUGUUCCAACCAUUCAUUUAUGCGAUUUUGGGAAGUAGUCCCCUGUUGAUUCUCGGCCCAGAAGCUGCUGGGUCUCUCUUAACAGGUACAAUUGUUAAAUCGAGUGUUUCGCAAGGACUUUCGCGAGAGGAUGAUGAAGCCGCGAGCGCCAUGGUUGUCGGUGUAGCAACCGCCAUGGCAGGCUCUAUGAUACUGGUUGCUGGCCUGACUCGAUUGGGCUUCUUAGACAAUGUCUUAAGCAGACCAUUUCUCAGAGGCUUCAUCACCGCAAUUGGCUUCGUCAUCUUCGUCGAUCAGCUCAUCCCAGAAGUGGGCCUUGCUGACUUGGCAAGAGAAGCUGGCGUCAGUCACGGAAGUACCGCAGAGAAGCUUGUAUUCUUGCUCAGGAAUAUCGGGAGCUGCCACGGUCUCACAGCUGCAGUCUCCUUCACCAGCUUCAGUAUUAUCAUGCUGUUCCGAACCCUCAAAAAGUUCUUGGAGCCACGGUUCCCCCAAGUUGUCUACUUUCCCGACCGAAUUAUCGUCGUCAUCUUGUCGGCCGUUCUGACCUACCAGCUCGGCUGGUAUGAAAGAGGGCUGGAAAUUCUUGGGCCUGUCCAAGAAACGGGCAAUGGGAUCUUUGCGUUCAAUUGGCCUUUCCAGUUCCAGCAUAUGAAGCAUGUGCGGACCGCUUUGAGCACAUCAUUCGUGAUUGCGCUGCUUGGCUUCUUCGAGUCCUCUGUCGCUGCCAAAGGCCUGGGCGAGAAACGUGAGGGAGUGCAGGGUAUGCCCGUGAGUGCCAACAGAGAGAUGGUGGCGCUGGGCGUUGCCAAUGUUGUUGGUGGCUGCUUCAUGGCGCUCCCUGCAUUUGGUGGCUACGGAAGAAGCAAGUUGAAUGCAUCCACAGGGGCGCGAUCUCCCAUGAGCAGUAUCUUUCUCAGCAUUAUCACCGCCAUCUGUAUCAAGGUCAUUCUACCUUAUUUGUACUACCUACCGAAAGCUGUGCUUUCUUCUACAAUCUCUGUGGUGGCGUAUAGUCUAAUAGAGGAGUGUCCUCAUGAUGUGGCUUUUUUCAUUCGUUUGCGUGGUUGGACGGAACUUGCUUUGAUGAUUCUGAUCUUUGGCUCGACAAUCUUCUACUCCUUGGAGCUGGGCAUUGCGCUCGGAAUUGGAUUGUCUAUUCUGAUCUUGAUUCGUCAUUCCACGCAGCCUCGAAUCCAGAUUCUUGGUAAAGUUGCCGGUACCAGUGAUCGGUUCGACAAUGCUGAGCUUCACGGGGAGAACGUGGAGCUUAUUGAGGGAGCGCUUAUCGUCAAGAUCCCGGAGCCCCUCACUUUUGCCAACACCGGUGAUCUGAAGAAUCGUCUUCGUCGGCUCGAAUUCUACGGCACUAACCAAGCGCACCCUUCCCUGCCUCGUUCGCGGCCUCCUGAGCACAACAAGACCAUGAUAUUCGAUGUGCACGGAGUCACUAGUAUUGACGGUUCCGGGACGCAAGUUCUUUCCGAGAUUGUGAAUGAAUACCUCAACCUCGGAGUGCGGGUGUUCUUCUGCCGUCUGCCCAAUCGUGAUGUCUUCCGCAUGUUCGAAAGGAGCGGCAUUGUUGACCGGUGCGGGGGCAUGCAAUACUUUGUACAGAGUGUCGACGAAGCAUUGAGACUCGCCGAAGCCGAGGGCGGACCGUUGGAACCUUGAGCUCGGUUCAAGGCGAGCGGAGUUGUUUUCCGAAUUUCCCUUGCAGACACGAUGCCAUGUGUAUGACGUGACACGUUGCUUCCGAUUCCUUGUUUGAGUUUCUGUUGCAUAUAUAUAGCCUGCGUUAGACUUGCUAAUAGCGAAAGAUUUCCGAGUUCUCUGUUUCUGGCGAGUGCUUCCCUUUCCCAUCCGGCGUCGGGAUAUCAAUUGGCAAGAAAGUUAGACGCAUACUUCAGCGGCUCAAGAGUCAUGUCUCUCGCCGUCCCUCGCCAGCAGCUCUCCGCACCACAUUCAUAAGCAAGAUUUCAGCGGCUCGUAACGCAAGCCGAUCUUUGAGGCUCAGCGCACGUCCUGCACCAGCAGGCGGAACGUCGUCAUCCUCGUCCGCAUCCUCCUCCUCACCCUCACCACCCACCUGCCCAGCAGCACCAGCACCCACCAACUUCAUCUUCCCAUCCGCCCCCAACAAGAACCCAC